AUGGCCAAAAAUCUAAAUUAUGUUGCAUAUAAAGAUUUAUAAUAAAUAAAAAUUAAUAAAAACAUUCUAUUAAACUUAAAAAUAAAUUUGAUAUUGAAACAUUGCUUACAAAAAAUAAGCUAUGAUACAUAAACUCAUACUAAACCAACUAAUCAUAUAACUUAAAUUGCUAAAUAAUUAAUAGAAAAUGAAAAUUUAAAUUUUUAGACUCAAACUGAUAUUAUUGAACUACUUCAUGAUAAAAUUGAGUGUAUGAGAUUAUUGAUAGAGGAAAAUUAUAUGUUAUAAUUUGAUCAUUUAUUGAAAUACAUUGAAAAACUUUUAAGAAUAUAAAAUUUAUUAAUAAAAUAAUAUGAAGCUUUUCCUUGUGAAAGAACUUAAUGUGUUUUAGGAUUUUUCUAUUCAGAAUUAUUGAAUGAUUAUUAAGCAUCAAAUUAAUUAUUUAGUGUUUUAACAAUAUCAGAUGAAAAAAUGAAAAAAAUUGCAUUAAAUUAAGAUGUUUUUAAUAGUAAGAUGAUUUAUUUAAUUACAGAAUUUAAAGGAAAAAUGAGGAUAAAGUUUUCAUCUUAUGAUGCUGAUUCAUUUUUAGGAAUUCCUAAUGAAUGUCUUACUAAUAAAAUAAUAAAUGAAUUAAUACCACCAGGUAUUAGUGAAAAUCAUGAUGAAAUGAUAGUCAAUUUCUUAAAAAAUGGAAAAUCAAAAUAUCUAAGAUAAUUAUAAGUUAACUUUUUAUUUUAUAGAUAUUAAUAAUAUAUGAUGGAAAUAGAUUUUGCAAUUGAAACUAAUUUAAUUAAAGAACUUAAUUUCAUUGUUUUUAUUCAACCUACAGUGAAUUAAUUUUUUUCUAUAAUUUUAAAUUUAAAUCUGGAAAUUGUUUGCAUGAGUAGAGCAUUUAUUUAAGAAUUAGAAUUACAAGAUAGUAUAAAAAUAUAUUUGGGAGUGAAAAUAAAAAAAAUAAUUCCAUCUUUUCCUCAAAUAAUUUUGGAAAAUCAUUUUGUUGAAAAUGCAGAAAUUUAUUUAGAAAAUUAACAUUUGAAAAAUAGUUCUACUUCAAGAGGUCAUUUUUAUUAUACUAACUAUUUAAUUACAUCAAAAAAGGUAAAUGAUAUAAUCGCAUAUUAUUAAGUUUGUUUUGACUAUUUUAAAAGAAACUUAACAAACUAAGUUUCCUCUUAAAGUGAUUCAAUAAAUACAAGUCAUCAUGUGAUCUAUGAUUAUAUAUAAGAUGAUUAAAUUAAUGAUAUAUGCAAUGAAACACCAAUUAAGAUUCCAAUAGAAGAAGAUGUUAAAAGAUCAAAUCCCUUAUUUUAAGAGGGUUUAUGUUCAGAACAAAGUCAUAUGAUUAAUGAAUUUAAAUUUGAAUAAACUAAUAUAAAAAGUACAUUUAGAUGUAAUUAGACAUUAUUGGAAUAAAAAUUUUACACUAAUAUGCAUUAGAAUCCAUCAAAGGUAACCAAUCAUUUGAUUUCUCAAAAAAAUGAAAGUUAUUUAAAUGAAGAAUAAAAUAAGAAUCAUAUAUUAGAUGACGCUUAAUCUUCAUAAAUUUCAAGCUUAUAAGGUUUGAAAAAAUCAGAAUUUUACAAAAAAUAUGAUAUAUUCUCUAAAAUUAAAUUUUAAGUUGGUAAUUCGAGAUAUCAUAGACUUUUUAUUUUAACAUUUACCUUAAGUAUAAUAUCUUAAGUCAUAAUUUAAUCAAUAGUAAAAAAUUUAAUUAAAUUUAGCAAAUAGCCAAAAUAAAUAUCAAUUUUUAACUUCUAGCUGCUGAUAUAGAUUUACUAGAAAUUAAGAAUCUUAUAUAUUAACCAUUUGAAUCCUUUUUAUUAACUAGAUGGACAAUAUUUAAUUAUAUUUAAAUGUAAGCCACAGAAGAAAUCACAUAAUAAGAAUAUAACUAUUUAGUAGAAUUUCCAAGAGAGAAUCUUAAUUUAGGAUAUGAUUAAUUAGAUAUAAAUUUGAAAUAAGUAUUGGAUAGAAUUAGUAUUUCAGGUUUUUUCCAAGAUCAAUCUCUAGAAAUUUAUAUUUAUGUUUCUACUGGAGAAGGAGAAUAAUUUAAUUUUACAUUAAGGAAUAGUAUUUAAAUUUUAUUAAACUAUUUAUAUGAAAUUAAAAUGAGAUAUUAAAUUGAAGGUACAAUUGUUUCUGAUAGUCCAUAUGUAUAUUAUUCAUAUAAGAAUUAUUUAACAAUGAAAUAGGAAUUUAGUAUAUUAAAUGAUAAAAUUUUAAAUAAUAGUAUUUCAUAAUCACAGUAAGAGCAAUCUUAAGAAGAGCUUAUUUUUAUAAUUGCAAUUGGUAUUGCUUUUGUUUAAUUUUGUUUAACUUUUAAUUAUUUUAUAUAAAUUUAGAGAUUGAUUAAUAAAUUUUAUGCUAUUAUUUUUAAUAUGGAUGUAGAACUUACUAUAGAAGAUAUUGCUCGAUUGAAGUUUAUAUUAGGUCGUUUAAAUAAAAAUUAAAAUGCAUUAUUUAGAUUUCAAUUAAAUAUCGAUUAAAGGGAAAAGGAAUUUUUAUCUAAAUCCCUUAUUUUGAAUUAAAAAAAAAAAACAAUACAUAAACCAUAUUAUUUUAAAUAAUAUUUUUGUUAUUACUUGUAUUUUAUUUUUGCUUUAUUUUUGAUAAUUGGAAAUGCUCUAUUAACUUAUGAAGAAUGUGGGGAAUAUUUAAGUAAAUAUCCAGAAACUGCUAAAUUUUUUAAAUCAAUUUCAGAUGUUGGAACAGAUAUACCAACAAUGUAUGCUUAAAGAGAUAUUCUUUAUAAUAUUGAAAUUAUAGCUCCAUUUUUUAAUGAUACUGAGAAAGCUAAGAUUCUUUAAGAAAUCAAAGAUUCUUUAAAUAGAACAGAUAACUUUCUAACAUUGGAUUUUAAUUUAGAUAAGUAAUUAUUUUAAUAAUUAUAGCUUAAUAAUUUCAAAAAAGUUUAAAGAGUAUUAUCAUCAAAUUUAAGAAAAUGAUCUUUGUAAUUUUCUUCCAGAUUAUUUCAGUUAAAAAUCAGUCACUAUUUGUCCUUAAAUUAUGGACUAAAAUAUGGAGAGAGGUUUAUUUGGAUUAUUAAUAUAUAUCUGUAAUUUUAUCAGUAAUGAUAUGGCUCUAAAUCAUUUUACUUAAAAACUAUAAUCAAGUUAUUUAGAAUUAGAAGGUGCAUUUUUGGUUUCUUAUAUUAUCAAAGAUUUAAAUACUUACUUUCACUUAGACUUAGAGUCAGAAACAUAGUUUUAUAUUUAUAAAAUUAAUGUAUUAUACUUUUAGAUUAUUAAAUAGGUUCAUAAUGUAGUAAUUCUUAUAUUUUUAUUCAUUUUGAUACUAAUUACAAUAACAGAGAUAAAUAAUAAAUUAAUCUACAAAUUGUAUCUAGCCUAGAGACUACCAUAUUUAAUGCCAAUUAAAACAAUUAUAUUAAAUGAUGGAUUUGAAAGGAAUUUACGAUAACUUAUUCACAAUUGA